CGCCCACACUACUAGCUAGCUCACAAGGCAGCAAGGCCAGUGAUACUAGUUAUCACAUCCACCACAUGACCAUGGCUACCGCCUCAGCUUCGCUAGCUGUCGCCCUACUAUUCGCCAGCCUCCUGGCAGGCACGGUGUUCAGUGAUGAUAUCAUACCCAUCAUGCGCAUACCCUUGUUGGAGCGGUUCCAUGCCUGGCAGGCUGAAUACAAUCGCACCUAUGCGACCCCAGAGGAAUUCCAGUACCGCUUCAAGGUCUAUUGCGAGAAUGUCAAGUUCAUCGAAACCAUGAACCGGGCCGGGAGCUCAUAUGAGCUCGGCGAGAACCAGUUCACCGACCUCACCCAAGAGGAGUUUGAGGACAUGUACCUCAUGAAGCUCAACGAGGUGGCCUCAGCCCCAGAGGCCAUGGGACAGCUCGGCACCAUGAACGCGGGGGGCACGUCUGGCGGUGGCAACACCGACGAGGCCCCCAACUAUGUGGACUGGAGGACCAAGGGAGCAGUGACGCCGGUCAAGGACCAGCAGCAAUGCGGCUCUUGCUGGGCGUUUGCUGCGGUGGCGUCCAUCGAAGGUGUUCACAAGAUAAAGACAGGCCGUCUCGUGUCUCUGUCGGAGCAGGAGAUCGUGGACUGCGAUCGUGGGGGGAACGACCAUGGCUGCCAUGGUGGUUACCCUAGCUCCGCCAUGGCGUGGGUCGCACGCAACGGCGGCCUGACCACUGAGUCGGACUACCCGUACGUGGGAAGGCAGGGACAGUGCAGGCGUGACAAGCUUGGUCACCACGCGGCCACGAUCCGUGGCGUCUGGGCGGUGCAGCGCAACAAUGAGGCCAUGCUGGAGCGUGCCGUGGCGGGGCAGCCGGUCGCCGUGUCCAUCAACGCGAGCCGGGCCUUCCAGUUCUACAAGCGCGGGGUGUUCUCGGGCCCCUGCAACACCUCACUGAACCACGCCGUCACGGUUGUCGGGUAUGGAGCCGACCCCGAUGGCCGCAAGUACUGGAUCGUCAAGAACUCAUGGGGGCAGACGUGGGGUGAGAAUGGCUACGUGCGACUGGAGAGGCGUGUCAGCUCUAGGGAGGGCAUGUGCGGCAUCGCCAUGGAGCCGUACUACCCGGUGAUGUGAGUUUCAUCUAUCCCGUGCUUUCGCACGGUCCUACAACGACGGAGUGUUUAACUAGUUACCAGCUGCCUGCUGAUCCUGAACAAGUAUGGGUGUUAGCUUGGAGAAGAGUGCAUGGAAUUAAAUAAACUGCAGCUCGCCGAGGAUGGUACGGUGUGAGUUGCGCUAUGCCGAUGUUAUCGUUUGUUUGCUAAUGUAACGAAAUCUCAAAAGCUAAUGACUUUUGGGAUGCAGUAUGUGUUGUUAUUAAAGAGAAUUAAUUAUCAUCGUUUGCCUUAAAACAGCAUCACUGUGAUGAUGCAAGAGGUUAGUUUGUCA